GACGGAGCUCUCACCACUGAGCCUAUGCUGGCACAUGCCUAUCCCCAUACUGCUAGUGAAGCUUCUAUCGUGCUCGGUGGAGCUGAAGACUUGGCAACACUCCCAUUCGACGUGAUGUUAGGACCUCCUCAAUCGUACGUUGGAUGUCUGAGGAAAUUGCACGUUAACAAUAUUUUAUUGCCAUUGGAACAACAAAAUAUUGCAGGGGGUCAGAAUGUAGAGGCCUGUGAGGGCUCGAAAUGUGAGAGCGGCCGUUGUAGACGCGCUGCGUGCAAUCCCGCGCAUUGUCCGUCGCCAGCUCGGUGUAGAAAUAACCGCUGCGUAUGUCCCGCAGGCCUAGUUGGAGAUCAUUGUCAACAGAAUGUAACUAUAUCAAUACCACAAUUUGAUGGAGACGCAAUGAUUUCUUUAAGUCGACCAGCCUAUAGUAUCAGCGGACAAAGGCUUAGUACUUUACCAAUGAAACCAAGUUUUAUAGCAUUUAAUUUUAGUACUGCUGAUCCCAGUGGACUCUUACUAUGGAUUAAUAUGGGAAAUGAUUAUAUGGGUCUUGGUCUAGAAAACGGUUAUCUUAAAUUAGUCUGGUCACUACACUGCAAUUAUGAAGACAUUAGACAACCAAAAAUCACGUCCCGGACGAUUCAGUCGGGCUUCAUGGCAGACGGAUUAUGGCACACAGUUGAAUUACAUUUGAAGGAAAACAUAUCACUAAGUGUAAACCAGGCUGUAUAUAUAGAAGAGAUGUGUAUGAGCGAUCAUGAAUUCAUAGAUGUGGAAACUUAUAUCGGUGGCCUGACUGACAGCGACACCAAAGUGAGGAAGCUGUUUCCUCAGAAUUUUCGCGGUUGCAUCGAUCAUAUAUCAACUGAAAUCAGUCACUUAACAAACUUCACGGAAGUGUACAGCGAGAACUUAGCCACGUGUCAAUCAUUUCCUACAAUUUGACACAUUUCGAAGCACCUAACCCGUAUUGUCAAAUACGCAUAGUACAAAUUUUUCUAGUCUUCAUUAUUUCUAUGUUUUAGAAUCAAUUUAUAUCUUUCUAUAGAUU